AAUGAAUAAAUACAUAAUAUUGUUGAUACUUUGCAGUAUAUGCUUUAGUUCAAGUUUAUCUUAGUAAGAGAAAUUCUUUUGCAAAUAAUGUCAUAAAUUUGUUCAUACAAUAUAAAAGGUAGAACAUUUUUGGGAUAAAUCAAUUGUAUGGUUUUUGGAACUUGUUGCAGAAGGAUAUUGUUCUUAUGCUAAAAUUGAAAAGCAUUCAGUUUGUAAAGGAGCAAUUCAUGAAAUGACACCUGUAAUUUUUGAAGGAAUCUAAAAAAGAUUUUUAGAUGAAGAUUUCAUUUGUCCAUUAAUUAGAUGGUGUCCUAAAGUUUAUGAAGAAUUAAAAUUAGAAGAUUAUGUUUCUAAUAUUUUAAAAGAUAAACCAUUAAAUACAUAAUGGCCAGAAAUAGAUGGAACUGAUACUAUUGAAAUUAUACAUGUUAGUGAUAUUCAUACAGACUUACUUUAUAAAGAAGGAACUUUGCCUAAAUGCAAUGAACCAUUAUGCUGCAGAGAAGAAUUUAAGGCGAAAGAAAAUGAUCCAAAGGCAGGAUAUUGGGGAAGUGCUGCAGUUUGUGAUUUACCAGAGAGAACUUUUGAGUAAUUUGUAAAUUUCUUGAAAACAGAUGUAAUUAAUCCAAAUAAAAAAACAUUCUUAUUUUGGACGGGAGAUAAUGUUCAACAUGAUGUUUGGAAAUAAGGAAGAGAAUAUAAUAUAAAAAAUUCAAGAAGAAUCACCGAAAUAUUCACUAAAGGGGAUUUAGGCAUUACAUUCAUUCCAUAAAUCGGAAAUCAUGAAGCAUUUCCUGUGAAUCAAUAUGAUUACAUGACUGAAAAAGAUAGCAAUUUAAGAGUUGAAUUUUCUAAUAUGUGGAGAGAUUGGCUUGGAGAUGAAACUGCAGAGUUUUUCAAACAAAAUGGAUUUUAUGCGAAAGAAUUUGAUAAUUUUAAGGUUAUUGCAUUUGAUUCACAAAUUUGUAAUCCUGAUAAUUGGUAUCUACUUAAAGACCCAACAGAUCCAACAGGAUUUUUAUAAUGGGCAGAAUAAGAAUUAAAAGAAUCAGAAUUGAAAGAGCAAGCUGUUUAUUUCACUGCUCAUAUUUAUACAUCAAGCUGUCUUGUUCCAUGGGCUAGAAGAUUUAAUGCUUUAGUUGAAAGAUAUGCUUACAUAGUUAGAGGAUAAAUUUAUGGACAUGCUCAUGGAGAAUUUUUCAAUCUCUAUAAAGACUAAAAUGGAGAACCAAUGAACAUUGCUUAUAUAAGUUCUUCCUUAACUACAUAUACUUAUAAAUUACCAAGCUUUAGGAAGUUUAUUGUAGAUGCAAAAACGAUGAUUCCCUUAAAUUAUUAUGAAUAUCGUCUAGACUUAGAGAAAUAUAAUUAAAUUGGAAAAGAUGCUAUUUUGAAAUGGGAUAUUGCAUUUGAUUUUCUUUCUGAAUAUGGAGCCACAAGAAUGUAUCCAGCAGAUUUGUUUGCCAUAACAGAAAGAUUAUUUAAAGAACCUGAAUUAGUUAAAAAGUUUGAUUUUAAUUCUAAUUCUGGAACUGGUAUAAGUGGAGAUUCUGUAAAAAUUAUUAAAUAAUUUAUAGGCUAGAUAUUUAUAUUGUAAACUAAAUCACAGCAUUAAUGAUGACCUACAUUUAUGUUUAGGAGAAAAACUAAAAAAAGAUUGGACUGAUUAUAUAUCUCCAGGUUGGAGAAGGAGAAUUGUUUAUAAGUCAAAGAAAGAAUCUAAGAAGUCUAAAAAGUAAAAGAAAUAAAAGAAAUAGCAAUAAUGAU